CUUUUCCGGUUUCUCCUUUUCAUCUGCGGUUACUGUUGCUACCGUAACGCAAGAGUGCCAUGGCAAAAACCAAGAAUCACACGAAUCACAAUCAAAACCGCAAGGACCACAGAAAUGGCAUAAAGAGGCCCAGAAGGAACCUCAAGCUAUCCAUGAGAGGGAUGGAUCCAAAGUUUGUGAAGAACCUACGAUUUGCACGCAAGCACAAUGCCAAAGGGCUCAAGAAGCAGCGCAGGGAAGCUGCAGCCAAGCUUAAGGCACAGGCACCUUUGGACAGCAAAUAGCUUGUAAUAAAACUGGUUUAAUUGUGUAA